ACAGUUGUUUGACCGUCUCUAAAUCUGCAUAAAAAAUAAAAAACUACGAAAUGGACGAAGCUUGCCGCUUUUGUACGUUGAACUGCACCACACUUGAGAAUAUCUUCGCCGAGCGAGAGCAGACGGAUAAUGAGCCACUCCUUAUUGCUAUGCUGGAGUCUUGCACCAACUGUGAAAUCAGAGAAUCGGAUUCCUUGCCUCAAAACAUAUGUGGGCCCUGCAUUUCGUCUGCUAAGAAUGCAUAUGAAUUCAAGGUCAGAUGCGAGCGAAGUCAAAAAUAUUUUAUGGAACUCCUAAACGAAUGUGAACGGAAGCCCGAUAUAUAUGUGGACGAGGUCUGCAUAAAGCCGUAUCCGGAUGACACUUUGGAUGGGGAUAGCUUGAGGGUCUGUGAAGAAGUCUCAACAGACGAUCCAAAUGAAUCUGCGGAUGAAGAUUACUCCAACGAUGGAAGCUCAGCAUCGGAAGAAUCAGAUGAAAUUGUAAAUGAACGACAUUCUGCCAAAGGCCGCUACAAAUGUGAGCACUGCUCUAAGACGUUUAAAACCAAAUUGAUUUUAAAGAGGCACACAACAAUUCAUUCUGAUACACAAACCUAUAAAUGUGAGCACUGUCCGAAGGUGUUUGAAACCAAAAUCCUUUUAAAAGAGCACAAAGUGGUUCAUUCUGAAGAAAGACUCUUUAAAUGCAACCAGUGCCCAAAGGCUUUUAAAAAAAAAAUUCAUCUAAAAGAGCACAACAAAAUUCAUGUUGACGAACGGCCCUUUAAAUGUGAAUAUUGCUUCAAGGCGUUUAGAUCCACUAGUAAAUUAAAAAACCACCAGCUUUUUCAUUCUGAUGAGCGUCCCUUCAGUUGUGAACUAUGUCAUAAAGCGUUUAAAACUAAUACCGACUUAAAAAGACAUAUAAUGACUCAUUCUGCUGAUCGCCCCUUUAAAUGUGAGCACUGCUUAAUGGCUUUUAAAGAGGAGGCUCUUUUGGAAAAGCACUUAAAGGUUCAUUCGGACGAUCAUCCCUUCAAGUGUGAUCAUUGCCCAAGGGCAUUUACAACUAAAUAUAAUUUUAAAAGGCACAUAAUGACUCAUUCUAACGAACGUCCCUAUAAAUGUGACUACUGUCCGAUGCCAUUUAAAACCCAUAAUGAUUUACAAAUGCACAUAACAACUCAUAUCGAUGAACGUCCUUACAAAUGUGAGCAAUGCCAAAAAGGUUUUAAAACCAAAGGUCAUUUAAAAAAGCACAUAAUGAAUCAUUCUGACGAUCGGCCCCACAGAUGUGAGCUUUGCUCGAUGACUUUUAAAAGGUACUCUCAUUUAGAAAGGCAUUCGAAAUCUGUACAUAAGCCGGACUAUUUAACUUAUAUAACUUUGUAAAUUGUCAAUAUGUCGAUCGCUCGAUGUGAAUUUUUAUUUGUAACAAUUCAAUAAGUUUCACCACAUGGUACUCUGUUCGUUCUGGAUAUGAAUUCUUGAACUAUUUUUCAGAAAUAAGAUUUAUUUAAAAAAAAAAUUUAAAAGCAAAGCACAGAUAAAAUGUAUUACUCUGCGGACGUUUUUUGAAAAUUUCGUUAAAUACUUAAUGCAGUUGCAGCGACGAACAAUUGCAUUGGUUGCAGCGAUUGCAUUCCAGUAUAUUUUCAUAUAUAAAUUCUGUUUAAAGUUACCCAAUUUAGUUAUUAGUUAUUAUUUUG